ACCCUCUCGCUCCCUCCUCCGCCAUUUCUGCUGCUCCAGCUCCUUCUCGGCCUUCCUUCUUCGCCAAGCAUCAAUGGCGCCUCCGAGAGUACUCCUCUGCGGCGACGCCCGCGGCCGGCUCAACCAGCUCUUCAAGCGCGUCUCCUCGGUGAACAAAUCGGCCGGCCCCUUCGACGCGCUGCUCUGCGUGGGCCAGUUCUUCCCCGACGCGCCGGAGCUGCUGGAGGAGUUCGCGGACUACGCGGAGGGCCGGUCGCCGGUCCCUCUCCCGACCUACUUCGUCGGCGACUACGGCAUUGGGGCGCCCAAGGUGCUGUCGGCCGCUUCGAGGAGCCACGCCAACUUAGGGUUUAAGAUGGACGGCCUGAAGAUAUGCGAGAAUCUGUAUUGGCUGAAGAGGAGUGGCAAGUUCACGCUUCAUGGGUUAUCUGUGGCUUACAUAUCUGGUAGGCACUCUUCGGAUGUUCAACAAUUCGGAACAUAUAAUCAAGAUGAUGUUGACGCCCUGCGAGCAUUAGCUGAGGAACCUGGAGUUGUCGACUUAUUCUUAAGUAAUGAGUGGCCGAGUGGUAUCACUAAUAGAGCUGCAAAGACAGAUGUUCCUCCUGGAUUAUCCGAGGCAUCUGGCAGCGACUCUACUAUUGCGGACAUAGUAGCAGAGAUUAAACCACGUUACCAUAUUGCUGGCACUAUGGGUGUAUUCUAUGCACGUGAACCUUACUCUAAUGCUGAUGCUGUUCAUGUCACUCGCUUUAUUGGUCUUGCUCCUGUUGGAAACAAAGAAAAACAGAAAUUUAUCCAUGCACUUUCUCCUACUCCGGCAUCUACCAUGUCUUCCUCUGAGAUUAGCAUGAAACCUCCCAACACAACCUUGUCUCCGUUUACAGCAGUAGAGAAAACUGCUGGUGCAAAGGAAGCAGGAAAGAGGACCGCUGCUGAUACUAAUGACGCACAAUAUUGGAGAUACGAUGUUUCCCAAAAACGUCAGAAGCGUGCAGUUGGAGACGGUGAUAGGCUAUGCUUUAAGUAUUUGUCUUCUGGGUCUUGUCCACGAGGUGAAAACUGCAACUUCCGACAUGAUUUAGAUGCAAGGGAGCAAUACCGAAGAGGGGUUUGUUUUGAUUUUCUUAACAAAGGGCAAUGUGAAAGGGGUCCUGACUGCAACUUUAAGCACAGUUUGCAGGAGGAAGAGGAAAGUGGUUCUCGAAAUGGAAAUAGGUCUAGAGGCGCUGCUAGUGUUAAUAGGUCAAAAGAAUGCUGGUUUUGUUUAUCGAGCCCCAAUGUGGAGUCUCAUCUGAUCAUCAGUGUAGGAGAAAGAUACUACUGUGCACUGCCCAAGGGACCAUUAGUUGAAGAUCACGUGCUGAUAAUACCUAUUGAGCAUCUACCAAAUACUCUUUCUUUGCCUCCAGAAAAUGAAACAGAGCUUAACAAAUUCCAGAACUGCCUGAAGUUGUAUCAUAAGAACCAACGGAAGGAAGUUGUUUUCUUUGAGUGGGUUUCCAAACGUGGGACUCAUGCUAAUCUUCAGGCUGUUCCUGUUCCAUCAUCUAGAGCAGCUGCUCUUCAGAGCAUAUUUAGUUUAGCUGCGGAGAAGUUGGGAUUUAAAUUUAACUCCUUGAGCACUGAUGGUAGAAAAAUGUUGAGAACGGAGUUUGACGGUAAAUCUAGUCUCUUUUAUGUGGAAUUACCUGAAGGAACUGUACUAUCCCAUAUAGUGGAGGACAACGAGAACUUUCCUGCUCAAUUUGGACGUGAGGUGGUGGCGGGUUUGUUGAACGUGGCAGAUAAGGCUGAUUGGAGGAAUUGCGCGCUAAGCAAAGAAGAAGAGAUCAAAUUGGCGGAAGAAUUCAAGCGCCGAUUUGCAGCAUUCGACCCCAAUACAUGAUUGUCGCACUGAGGGUCAACAACAGUACGCGUCUUCCGUCUUUCCCUUAUUAUAACGACCUUGGAAUUCCAAGACAACCUAAGGGGGGAUGUUCCGCAAGAGCGGACAAAAGAAAACAUCCACGAAGUCGAUUCAUGCAUCAGGUCUCGAGCAUGCAGAGGCAAGUUUGUUUAUUUAUCAUAUCCAAAUGAAUGUGGCUAGGGAUGAUUCUUGUUGCGCGAACCACCAAGAGACGGACAAAAUCCUAGGCCUUCAAAAGCUGCGAUCUUGCAGAUCCUUGAGAAAGAGACUCGGAAGUGGGCUUUACCUAAAAAAUGUGCGCGUCCUUCGAGCCCUUCGUGGAACGUGCUGCUUCUUUCUUGGUCAAAAUGAAUCCGCAGUUGGAUUUUUACACAUUUCUUUACUUUGUUUUCGUUAAUUACUAAAUGGCUCUCCUUAGUUGCUCGUCCUCUAUUGCAAAAAUUGUUUUAACAGCUCGUUUGGAGCAUUAUUGCGCGACAUGUAAGGUGAUUGCGACGUUCCAA